AUGAGGACCAUCCUCUCCUUGGUCUUCGUAUUCGUGCAGCUGGCCACCGCGCUGAAAUUCGACCUUGUUGCUACGUCCGGCCAUGGCAAGAAUGAGCGGUGUAUUCGCAACUUUGUUGGCAAGGAUCAGCUUGUUGUUGUUACUGCUAUUGUUGGCGGGACUAAGGGGGAUGGGCAGAAGGUUAAUAUUCAUAUCAAGGAUGCCAUGGGCAACGACCACGGCCGACCAAAAGACGUCGUCGGCGAAACCCGCCAGAUCUUCACUUCGCCCGCUGAUACCGCUUUUGACGUUUGUUUCGAGAACCAGCUUACUGGCCACAACGGCAUCUCAAACCCCUCCCGCCCAAUCGAACUAGACGUCGACAUCGGCGCCGACGCCCGCGAUUGGAACAGCAUCCAGUACCAGGAAAAGCUCAAGCCCGUUGAGACAGACCUCCGCCGCAUUGAGGAAAUGGUCACGGAUAUCGUUACCGAGAUGGAGUACCUGCGUGCGCGUGAGCAGCGUCUGCGCGAUACUAACGAGAGCACCAAUGAGCGUGUUAAGUGGUUCGCUUUCGGGACUAUGGGUAUGCUUGUUGGGCUUGGAGCUUGGCAGAUGGUCAUGACACGCUGCAUCCAUCGCCUUGCGCGACCAACAACCUCUUUGAGCUCAAUCUCAAGAGUAAACCGUCAAUUUGGCACAUCAGCUCUACGCCUCAAAGAUCGCAGCACCUCAUCAACAGAUGAACACCGCGCGAAACAGUCCCAGAAGCCGCCCAAUCAGUUCGUGCCCAACACUACUUCCACUAUGACAAAGGAUUACCCCAAUGUCGGCGAGAAGCCUGCGCCGCCGGAGAUGCUGAACUCUGUCAACCCUAACUUCCGGCCUGCUGAUCCUUAUCCCGGACGGAUUGAGCAUUUUACCGGUGGGCGCCAGGAUACUGGUGCGCAAAAGCCUGAGCUUGGUGUUGGUGAGAUGGAGGGUAUCACUUUUAAGGUUGAGCCUUUGAAGAGGACCGGGGAGGAUGUCACGACAAAGAGAGCCCGCUUAUUAUACCAAAGCCGCAAGCGCGGAAUCCUCGAGUCAGACUUGCUCCUGUCAACCUUUGCCGACGUCUACCUGGCGAAGAUGGACCACGACCAGCUUGUCGAGUACGACCGUUUCUUAGACGAGAACGACUGGGACAUCUACUACUGGGCGACACAGGAUGCCCCCAUUGAGUCCACCCCCAAGGAGGAUCAAGUUACCGAGAACUGGAAAGAGACCGGUGCUAAGAGCGGUGAAUGGGCGCAGACUAUUGGCGCUUUCAGAGCUGCUUACCGACCUGUUCCUGAGCGCUGGCAAGAGUCUGCAGUGCUGGAGUUGCUUAGAGAGCAUGUUCGUGAUAAGAGUGCCACUGGCUUUGAGAAGGCUAAGAAUAAGAAGACUGGAGGUGGUCAGGGUUUGGGCAGAAUGCCUAAUGUUCAGGUGUUUAACUCUUAA